AUGGCUGACCAAUACACGGACGACUUCGCGAUGGAGGAGUACGAAGACGAAGAGGAUGAUGGAGCCAUCACCUCUGAGGACUGCUGGGCCGUCAUCAGCUCGUUCUUCGACACAAAGGGCCUGGUUUCGCAGCAGCUGGACUCGUACGACGAAUUUACACGCAACACAAUACAAGACAUAGUCAAGGAGAACGGCAGCGUCAUCCUCGAGCAGAACACGCCCUACAACCCAGACGAGGACGUCGACCCCAUCAUCAAGCGCCGCUACGAGAUCAAGUUCGGCCGCGUGUACCUGGCGCGGCCCACCCACACCGAAGGCGAUGGCACAACCGUGCAGCUCUACCCGCACGAGGCACGUCUGCGCAACCUCACCUACUCCGGUGCCAUGCUGGCAGACAUCGAGAACCGCAUCAUGGUCGCCCGCGAGACCACGGCACCUGCCGAAGACGACGAUGACGAGGUCGAGGGCCAAGGAGGCGGUGUUACACAGAUUAGGUGGGACCGCGAAGAUAUCCCCAUGGACAGCGAUGAGUCGGCACGCGUCUUCAUAGGAAAGCUGCCUGUCAUGCUGCGCUCAGAACUCUGCCAUCUGCGUGGGCAAAACGAUGAGGCGCUCUUUGGCCUCAACGAGUGCCCCUACGACCAGGGUGGCUACUUCGUUAUCAACGGCAGUGAAAAGGUCCUGAUCGCACAAGAACGCAGUGCUGCGAACAUCGUUCAGGUCUUCCGAAAGAAGCAGGGUCCCAUUCCUUGGAUCGCCGAGAUUAGAAGUGCUGUCGAAAAGGGAACGCGCCUUAUUUCCUCGUUCAACAUCAAGUGGGCUGAGAACUCGCUGGCUAGCGGCAAGCGUAUGCCUGGACCUUUUGCAUACGCCACACUCCCCUACAUCAAGGCCGAUGUUCCCAUGGCCAUUGUCUUCCGUGCGCUUGGUAUCGUUUCCGACGAGGAGAUCCUCGGACACAUUGUAUACGACCGCACAGAUACCCAGAUGCUGGAGCUGCUCAAGCCCAGCAUCGAGGAAGGUUCCGUGGUGCAGGACCGCGAGUCCGCGCUCGACUUCAUCGCCAAGCGUGGAGCCACACAAGGAACAAAAGACAGGCGUCUCAAGUUCGCCAAGGAUAUCAUGCAGCGCGAGUUCCUGCCUCACAUCUCGCAGAGAGAAGGACAGGAUACUCGCAAAGCCUACUUCUUUGGUUACAUGAUCCACCGCAUGUUGCAGUGUGUCCUGGGUCGCCGAGAUGAGGACGAUCGUGACCACUUUGGAAAGAAGCGUCUCGAUCUUGCAGGGCCGCUGAUUGCGAACUUGUUCCGCAUUCUCUUCCUGAAGUUGACCAAGGACGUCUAUAAAUACCUCCAGAGGUGCGUCGAGAACAACCAAGACUUCAACGUGCAGAUGGCUGUCAAGGCCAGCAUUAUCACCAACGGCCUCAAGUACUCUCUCGCUACGGGAAACUGGGGUGAUCAGAAGAAAGCAGCGUCCGCAAAGGCUGGUGUCUCGCAGGUGUUGAACCGAUACACCUACGCUUCAACAUUGUCCCAUUUGCGUCGAACAAACACACCAGUUGGUCGUGACGGCAAGCUUGCAAAGCCCCGUCAAUUGCACAACAGUCAUUGGGGUCUUGUCUGCCCUGCCGAGACACCUGAAGGACAGGCCUGCGGUCUGGUCAAGAACUUGUCUUUGAUGUGCUACGUCAGUGUUGGUAGCGACGCUGGGCCAAUCUCCGACUUCAUGAGCCAAAGGAACAUGCAGCUCCUCGAGGAGUACGACCAGAAUCAGAACCCUGAUGCUACCAAAGUCUUCGUUAACGGUGUGUGGGUCGGUGUCCACUCCAACGCACAGCAGCUUGUAUCAACCGUGCAAGAACUGCGACGAAACGGGACACUGUCUUACGAGAUGAGUUUGAUUCGUGAUAUCCGUGACCGAGAGUUCAAGAUCUUCACUGAUGCUGGACGUGUCAUGAGACCCUUGUUCGUCGUUGAGAGCGACGUUCGCAAGCCCAAUCGCAAUCACCUUGUCUUCAGCCAGAGCCACUACAACAAGCUGGUCGAAGAACAGCAAGCGCAAGCUGCGGCAGGUGUUGGUGAGGAAGAGAAGACCGAGCUCACGUACGGCUGGAAGGGGCUUAUCCAGGACGGAGUCAUUGAAUAUCUCGAUGCUGAAGAAGAAGAGACUGCCAUGAUUGUCAUGUCGCCCGAGGAUCUCGGCGAGUGGCGCGACAUGAAGAUGGGUAUCCCACAAGAUGCUCGCAACCCUCAAGGAAAGGACCGUCUUGCACGUAUCAAGCCCAAGCCAGAUCCUCGCAUUCACGCCUACACGCAUUGCGAGAUUCAUCCUGCCAUGAUUCUUGGUAUCUGUGCCAGUAUCAUCCCCUUCCCGGAUCACAACCAGUCGCCCCGUAACACGUACCAAUCCGCUAUGGGUAAGCAAGCCAUGGGUGUCGCUCUGACCAACUACGCUCUCCGUAUGGAAACCAUGAUGAACGUCCUUUAUUAUCCCCAAAAGCCACUUGCCACAACACGGUCUAUGGAGUACCUCAAGUUCCGUGAGCUGCCCGCUGGACAGAAUGCUAUUGUUGCCAUUGCCUGUUACUCCGGUUACAAUCAGGAAGAUUCCGUCAUUAUGAACCAGAGCAGUAUCGAUCGUGGACUCUUCAGGUCUCUGUUUUACCGAGCAUAUACCGAGCAGGAGAAGAGAAUUGGUGUCAACGUUCUGGAACAGUUCGAGAAGCCAACACGUGCAGACACCCUGAGGCUCAAAGGUGGUACUUAUGACAAGCUCGACGACGAUGGUGUUGUUGCGCCUGGUGUGCGUGUCUCUGGUGACGACAUCAUCAUCGGUAAGACUGCACCCAUCGCCGCUGAUGCUCAGGAGAUGGGACAGAAGACAUCGCUGCACACAAAGCGUGAUGUGUCUACUCCUCUUCGUAGCACAGAAAACGGUAUCGUUGAUCAGGUUCUUUUCACCACCAACACUGAAGGUCUGCGAUUCGUCAAGGUCCGUACACGAACAACCAAGGUGCCGCAGAUUGGUGACAAAUUCGCGUCUCGUCACGGACAGAAGGGAACCAUCGGUAUUACCUACAGGCAAGAGGACAUGCCCUUCACAAGAGACGGUCUCACCCCCGACCUUGUUAUCAACCCUCACGCCAUUCCAUCUCGUAUGACGAUUGCCCAUUUGGUCGAGUGUCUGCUGUCCAAAGUCGGUGCCAUCACCGGACGCGAAGGUGAUGCUACGCCUUUCACUGAUGUCACCGUUGAUCAGAUCUCUGAGUUGCUUGAAGAGGCCGGCUACCAGAAGCGUGGCCUCGAAAUCAUGUACAACGGACACACUGGCAAGAAGAUGCGCACACAGAUCUUCUUGGGUCCCACCUACUACCAGCGCCUGAGGCAUAUGGUCGACGACAAGAUCCACGCGCGUGCCCGUGGUCCCCUCCAGAUUCUGACUCGCCAGCCUGUCGAAGGUCGUGCUAGGGAUGGUGGUCUGCGUUUCGGAGAAAUGGAGCGUGAUUGUAUGAUCGCUCAUGGUGCUGCUGCUUUUCUCAAGGAGCGUCUAUUCACAGUCUCGGAUGCGUACACGGUUCACGUCUGCGACAUCUGUGGUCUGAUGAGCCCUAUUGCCCAACUCAAGCAAGGCAAAUACGAAUGCCGUCCCUGCCACAACAAGACGCGCAUCUCGCAAAUCCACAUCCCUUACGCCGCUAAGCUUCUCUUCCAGGAACUCCUCGCUAUGAAUAUCGCCACUCGCAUGUUCACCACUCGUUCCGGCCUCAGUGUCCGCGACUAG